AUGGCGUAUGUGGUGCCCGUUCACCGGGCAAGCAGCAUUCGCCAUGCGGUGAAGCUGCAAUUCCUUAACCCUGAGGAGGACUGUCUGGUAGUUGCAAAAGCGAACCGUCUCGAAUUCUACACACUCACUCCUGAUGGCCUCACUCUGGCGACAUCGCGCGCUCUCUAUGCAAAGGUGACGAUGCUCGCUCGGUUACCUGCACCGGCAGAUUCUCCAACGGACCACCUCUUCGUCGGUACUGAUCAGUAUACAUACUUUACACUAUCUUGGGACAAUGCUUCAGGAAAGGUUCAGACGGAGAAGAGCUAUGUCGACUUAGCGGACAAGUCGUCUCGAGAUUCGCAGACUGGAAACCGAUGCUUGAUCGACCCGAGUGGAAGGUUUAUGACGCUAGAGAUAUACGAAGGAGUGAUCACAGUUAUUCCUAUUGUACAGGUGCCCGGGAAGAAGAGAGGGAGGCCUGCUUGGACGAAUAGUGCGGAUGCACCGCGGGUGGGAGACUUGGCUGAGCCGACAACGGCAAGAAUCGAUGAGCUAUUCGUGCGCUCGUCUGCUUUCUUGCAUGUGGAAUCAAAGGGCCUGCCGCGGUUGGCUCUGCUACACGAAGAUAAUCAGCGAAGAGUGAAGUUGAAGGUCCGGGAACUCCAUUUCAACGCGGCGACCUCGAGUACUGGUGCAGACGCGACCUUUGAAGAGGUCGAGGUCUUUGCACAGGAGCUCGACCUCGGAGCUUCUCAUCUGAUUCCAGUUCCGGCUCCCCUAGGUAUGCUGACAAGAAGCUAUAAUUACACGAUCAGGAAGCUAACGUUCUCAGGCGGUCUGUUGAUUCUCGGGGAGACAUCGAUUAAGUACAUCGACGAUGCGAGUAAUGAGACAAUUUCUCGGCCCCUGGAAGAAGCCACCAUAUUCGUGGCAUGGGAACAGGUCGAUGGCCAGAGAUGGCUGUUGGCAGACGACUAUGGCAGACUCUAUUUCCUGAUGUUAGUUUUGGACCCUGAUAAUGAAGUCGAGAGUUGGAAGCUGGACUAUCUGGGAAAGACGUCUCGUGCAUCCGUGCUGGUGUAUCUUGGUGCGGGAGUGACCUUCGUUGGAUCCCAUCAUGGUGACUCCCAGGUCAUCAGGAUCGGCGAUGGUUCGUUUGAAGUCAUCCAGACGUUCUCAAACAUUGCACCCAUUUUGGAUUUCACUCUUAUGGACCUUGGAAAUCGCUCGGGAGAAACUCAGAUGCAGGAGUUCUCCUCAGGUCAAGCACGGAUUAUCACUGGUUCUGGCGCGUUUGAUGACGGCACACUCCGUAGCGUUAGGAGUGGCGUCGGUAUGGAGGAACUCGGCCUGCUUGGUGAAAUGGAACAUGUCACCGAUCUCUGGGCUCUGCGAACCUCGAGCCCGGAGCCCUUUUCGGAUACCCUCCUGGUGACCUUUGUCGACGAAACGAGAGUCUUCAAGUUCAGCCCAGAUGGAGAGGUUGAAGAGCUGGAACAAUUCCUAGGGCUGAGUCUGUCGGAGAAUACCUUGCUCGCAGCUAAUCUACCAAAGGACCGGAUUGUGCAGGUGACAGAACAUAACGUACUAAUAGCAGAUGCCGAUGGUGGCAUGGUUAUCUCUCAGUGGUCUCCACCAAGCCAACAGGCAAUCACGGCCGCAUCUGUGAAUGACGAGCACUUGGUCCUCGUAACUGGAGGCCAGGUGCUGUCUGUUCUUCAUAUCAAGGAUGAUAUCAAGGUCAUCAUCCAGAAAGACUUUGGGGCGGAUAGCCAGAUAUCGGGUGUUACUGUACCUUCCUCCCCUGCGGAAGUAUGCAUUGUGGGCUUCCCUCAAAGUGCGAGUGUUUCGGUACUGGCUCUUAGGGAUCUCGAAGAAUUGCAGACUCAAUCCCUGGGACCGACUGGCGAGGCUUUCCCGCGGUCUGUCCUUGUGGCCGAUGUUCUUGCAGACAGCCCGCCUACGCUUUUCAUCUCUAUGGCAGAUGGCAGCGUCAUCACUUUCUCAUUUAAUACGACAGAUUACUCGCUUACGGGAAGAAACACGUUGAUCCUCGGUUCAGAGCAGCCUACAUUCAAGAAGCUCCCACGCGGUGACGGUUUGUACAACGUAUUCGCUACGUGCGAGCAUCCAAGCUUGAUCUAUGGAUCUGAGGGCAGGAUUAUAUACUCUGCGGUGAACUCUGAGGGCGCCUCGAGAAUUUGUCACUUUAACUCCGAGGCGUAUCCAGAGUCCAUAGCUGUCGCUACGCCCCGUGAUCUAAGGAUCGCCCUAGUUGACAAAGAAAGGACAACCCAGAUACAGACAUUGCCCGUGAAUGCCACUGUCCGCAGAGUGGCGUACUCUCCUUCAGAGAAAGCUUUCGGAAUUGGUACGAUCAAACGGACUUUGAAAGAUGGAGUGGAAAUCGUCGAAAGCCAGUUCGUGCUUGCAGAUGAGAUUAUGUUCCGAACGCUUGAUGCAGUAGACUUGAAGAAGGACGAACUUGUGGAAAGCGUGAUUCGCGCAGAAUUCCCAGCUGGAAAGGACGCAGCAGGCAAAGAUACGUUCCAGGACCGAUUUAUUGUUGGUACCGCAUAUUUGGAUGAAGAGCAAGAGGACUCUAUUCGGGGACGGAUAUUGGUCUUCGAAGUGGACAAGAACCGAAUGUUGACGCAGGUCGCCGAGCUUCCGGUUAAGGGAGCCUGCAGAGCUCUAGCCAUGCUCGGAGAAAAGAUUGUGGCUGCUCUUGUCAAGACGGUUGUCGUUUAUAACGUUGUUACCGGCAGCUUCGGCGCGGUGAAGCUGGAAAAGGCAGCUACCUAUCGCACUUCAACCGCUCCUAUUGACAUCUCGGUAACCGGAAAUUUGAUUGCCGUGUCAGAUUUGAUGAAGAGUGUCUCCAUCGUAGAGUAUAAAGAGGGAGACAACGGCCUCCCAGACUCGUUGAAUGAAGUGGCGCGUCACUUCCAGACCGUCUGGGCCACUGCUGUUGCUAAUGUCGAAGAGAACACCUUCCUGGAGAGCGACGCAGAGGGUAAUCUCAUCGUCCUUCGCCGGAAUGUCAACGGCGUCACGGAGGAUGAUAAGAGACGACUGGAGGUAACCAGUGAAGUAUCCUUGGGAGAGAUGGUCAACCGAAUCCGACCGGUGAACAUCCCGCACUUGGCAAGUGUGACGGUGACGCCGAAGGCUUUCUUAGCCACGGUCGAAGGCUCGAUCUACCUCUUUGCGUUGAUCAAUCCCGAUCACCAAGAUUUCCUUAUGCGUCUGCAGGGCUAUAUUGCCGCGUAUGUCGACUCUCUUGGGAACAUGCCGUUCAACAAGUUCCGCGCUUUCCGGAGUGCCGUGCGCGAAGCGGAAGAGCCGUUCCGGUUCGUGGAUGGUGAGCUAAUCGAGCGAUUCCUGAGCUGCGAACCCCAGAUCCAGGAGGAGAUAGUGGGCUUCCUCGGUGGUGAGGUCGACGUAGAAGGCGUGAAGGCGACAAUAGAGGCUCUGAGGAGGUUGCAUUAG